CCAAUUGAUUUUCCUAUCCGAAUUUUCGGCUUCUGAGAAAUUUCACCAAACAGCGACGAAAAGCGCAACCAGCGACAACGGCCGCCUUACGAUCACAAAGGAUCCCGAUUGAGACAUUUCUGUGGUGGAGGUACGAUUCAUAGCGAAUAACUGUCCUGGGGAAUUUGGGAGGGAGAAUUAGGAGGAGAAGCAUGAAGCUAUAUUGAACCGACAUCACAUCACAUAAACCUCACUCUCCUGGCAAAAUGCGGUCUCUCACUCUAGCAGCUCUCCCGCGAGCACGCGGCUGCAAGGCUGCGACGAAAGCGACCUCAACCCUACAAUCUCUCGCCACGAGAAGAACAUUCUCCUCCCUCCCCAGCCUGCGUCCAACAACCCUCGCCUCCAGCAGCACCAUAUUCCGGUCCUCCACCCUAUCCCAAACCUCCUUCACACCCGCGCCAAACAGCAGUAGCAGCGCUUCGGUCCUCCUAGACCUCGUGCCCAAGACCGCGGUGACCUCGCACCCCUCGCUCGCCGGCUGCGCGGCGCAGAUGCGGUUCGGCCCGCGCCCCGAAAAGAUGGCGCGCACGAGCCGGCUGAAGCGGAAGCGGAAGCACGGCUUCCUGAGCCGGAUACGCACGAGGAACGGGCGCAAGAUACUGCAGCGGAGGAAGGCGAAGGGGAGGAGCUUUCUGUCGAAUUAGAAAGCGUUGGUUCGCCUUGUCUGCCCAGCUAACGUAGGCACCUAUCUAGGUACUAGAAUGACUGGACCUCUGGAUACGUAUGAGAUGGGAGCCUUUUGAGAAAGGGGAGGUCUCUGUGCCAGGAACGUGAUAUGAGGGGUUAUGUAUGGGGUGAGCUGGUUGGUUGGUUGGUUUGGUGAAUGCGCCAUAGCUCUGGUGAUGAAUGGAGGUGUGUACCAUAUACUACACAUAGAACUGUAUAUUUCAAAAUCACCCACGAAUGAAGAGACCCCGUGUUAACUCUUAUCAACAUCACAAUGUUCUACUCAAG